UAUAAAUUUUGUACCAUUUCAGUUGUAAUUGUUGGACAAUACGUUUAUGUUCUAAGUGAUAUAGGAGUACCUAGAAGGACAGUGCCAUUAUUUAAGGUUAACUUAUUUCUGCAAAUGUGUACAACUUUAUCAAGUGCAGACAUGGUAUCAAAUAAAGCUUAUCAUCUGGGAGUGUGGCAUAAAAUGUGAAGCGAGCAAUUAAAAGGCCGUACAGGCCAUUGAUGAGCCAUACCAGACCCAUCCAUGGUACAUAUCAGCAGUGGCAAAGGAAUCAGACAUUUUGAAAAAUAUCUCAGAUCAUGACAGAAGCCUUAAACAACCAUACUCAGAACAGUAGGCCUUUGAACACUACAUCAUCCAAUAUAUCGUUUUCAGAUCCCUGGGCAGAGCCGACAUUCACUACAGCAGCUCAGAUAAGAGUAAUUGUGACAUUUUGUUUUUUUCUGCUGUCAGCCUGUUGUAAUGCUGCAGUUCUAUGCAGUAUCAUGAGGAAACGAAGAAAAUCUCACAUUCGAGUUCUCAUACUGAGUCUGACGAUUGCCGAUCUCUUGGUGACAGUUAUUGUUAUGCCACUUGAUGCAGUAUGGAAUAUUACCAUUCAGUGGUAUGCUGGUGACGUAUCCUGCAAAAUUCUGAACUUCCUAAAACUGUUUGCCAUGUAUGCUUCAGCGUUUGUGUUGGUGGUUAUAAGUCUGGAUCGACAUGCUGCCAUUCUUUAUCCGUUCAGCUUUACUUCAGCCAGUCAAAGGAAUAAUCUCAUGCUUUGUGUGGCUUGGACUCUCAGCAUUCUGCUUGCAGCUCCACAGCUCUUUAUUUUUAGACUGCAUACCAUCCAAGAUGCAAGUUUUACCCAGUGUGUGACCUUUGGAAGUUUUCCACAUCACUGGCAGGAGAUUGUCUACAAUAUGUUCACAUUUACCACCUUGUAUGUCACCCCGCUAAGUGUCAUGAUAAUUUGCUAUGCAAGAAUAUUACUAGAAAUCAACAGGCAAGUCAAGGAUGAUAAAGCAGCUCUUGCAAGAAGCAAAAAUGACCACAUUUCCAAAGCAAGAAUGAAAACAUUAAAAAUGACAAUUGUGAUUGUUGCUUCUUUCAUAAUCUGUUGGACACCAUAUUAUCUUCUUGGAUUAUGGUACUGGUUCCAGCCAGAAAUGAUCCAAAAAAUGCCAGAGUAUAUCAACCACAGUCUGUUUUUGUUUGGAUUGCUGCAUACAUGCUCUGAUCCUAUAAUCUAUGGACUAUAUACACCAUCAUUUCGAGAAGACAUGAUGACAUGUUUCCAAGGAAUGAAAAUGGAGGUUGUAGGGUCAAGUGAGAGACGGAAGGAAAGGUCUGCCUCCAUGAUGAAUAUCAGAGAUUACAGUCUUAAGAAGAAUACAUGUUGCCAGGUAAAUGUCACUGUAGCAACAAGUGGAACAAUUGCACAUACCAUCUUCUGAAUCAGGGGCAUUUAGAAGCACACCAUUCAACGAAGACACAGUUUAAAAUGUUUCAUUUUCCUUCAUUUUAAAUGGAAUAUUUAGUUCCUUUACACAUAUAAGACACAAUGCGUACUGAGAAACUAAUCAUUCAAUGGAGGAAGUAACGCUUACUGUCAACUACUGAUAUUUUUCAUAUAAACAUAACAUAGUAUUUUCUUUUUAAGUCCAAACUAUAUUUUUUAACAGAUUAACUUUUAACUUUGUGUCAGGGAAACAACUUCUAUUUUCCUAUUUUUUACAGGAUGAGCUAAAUAAAUAUUUUAGCUUCAGUCUGCAAUGUGCCUAUUGUUUAUGUCUGUGCAAGUUAGGUUUUGCGAUGACAAAUUAUAUUGAUUAUGUUUUUUCUAAUGUCUUUUCCCUUUAAAAUAAAAAUGAUACCAGCAAUAACUCAUAGAAAUUUACAACAGAAAACAUGACUUUAGACAUCUUGAUUGGUGAUUUAUACUAUCAACUAUGAGAUGAGAGACAUGCUGUGCAGACAAAAAAAUGCAAACAAAAAAUAUACGGGAAAUUAAUAAAUUUGCAUAGCAGAUGACAUUACUAAAAUGUUCUUGUGUUUGUCAGAAUCUAAUCAACAAGAGAAGAACAAAGAUUUUAAACAAAACAAGGGUGGAUGUAAUGAUGUUGCUGAUAUGCAAUGCAAGAAAAGCAACAAAAUGAAUAGUGAUAGCUUUCAAACCAAGUAAGUAAUUGUUCCUCGCAAGGUAACGACAGCCUUUCCGGGAAAGCUCCAAGCGCUAGAGGACCAAUCAUAUCUGAAAAGGUUGCAUGUAUGUUAAAAAGUGAUGAUUUUUAUUACUGUCCUGUGAUGACAUCAUACUAAACAGAAAACCUUGAAUCAAAGAAUUUUUGCAUUUGAAUGCAAAUCUGUGGUCAAAAUAGAAGAUGCAAUAAUGCUGUGUCAAAUAACUUAUUUCACUUACGUUUAAAAAGGGAGGUUGCAAACUGUCACUAACUACACAUAAAUGUUAUGUUAUUGCUAAUGCACAUAUCAAAAUGUUUUUUAUUAUUAUUAUAACAAGGAAGUCCAGGAUGAAUGUUUACAAAGUGGCGAUCUUUAAUGUUUUUCUGUGUCUAAGGAAUUAGUAUAACAAACUCUGAGAACUCCCAAAGUAAACACAUAUAAAUAAUGCAAUAAUGAUGAUGCAGAUAUGGUUUAAUAAUAUCUUGUUUAUUAUGUUUUAAAAUACUUGAGUAAAAUCAAUCAAAAAUGAAUCUUGUGCUUUUUGAAUUUGACUUGGCAAAAAAUGACUUCAUGGUACACCAUCCUUCUGCUAAGAACAUGAAGACUUUCUUCACUGAUGAAGUUAAACUUCUUCAUUGUAUACUAUUACUCUCUUAACAAAAUAAGACUUUCUCUGCUGAUGAAAUUAAACAUCUAAACAUGAGAUGA